CACUCCGAGCCCCGUCCCGCCUUCUCCCUUCGCCAGCGCGGCGGCCGCGUCCAGGUGCGGACCCUCCAUACCGGAGCGCAAUGGCGUCCAACCCCGAACGGGGGUUGAUUCUGCUCACAGAACUGCAGGGGGACUCCCGAAGUCUUCCGUUUUCUGAGAAUGUGAGUGCUGUUCAAACAUUAGACUUUUCAGAUACGAUGCUGCAGCGGAAAUUGGACGAUAUCAAGGAUCGAAUUAAGAGAGAAAUAAGGAAAGAACUGAAAAUCAAAGAAGGAGCUGAAAAUCUGAGGAAAGUCACAACAGAUAAAAAAAGUUUGGCUCAUGUAGACAACAUUUUGAAAAAAUCAAAUAAAAAAUUAGAAGAACUACAUCACAAGCUGCAGGAAUUAAAUGCACAUAGUGUUGUAUCAGAUCCAGAAGAUAUUACGGAUUGCCCGAGGACUCCAGAUAUUCCAAAUAGUGACCCUCGUUGUUCUACUAGCAACAAUAGAUCGAAGGCUCCCUUCCCCAGCGGCGGCCGCGCCCAGGUGCGAAGUCCAUACCGGAGCGCGAUGGCGUCCAACCCCGAACGGGGGUUGAUUCUGCUCACAGAACUGCAGGGGGAUUCCCGAAGUCUUCCGUUUUCUGAGAAUGUGAGUGCUGUUCAAACAUUAGACUUUUCAGAUACGAUGCUGCAGCAGAAAUUGGACGAUAUCAAGGAUCGAAUUAAGAGAGAAAUAAGGAAAGAACUGAAAAUCAAAGAAGGAGCAGAAAAUCUGAGGAAAGUCACAACAGAUAAAAAAAGCUUGGCUUAUGUAGACAACAUUUUGAAAAAAUCAAGUAAAAAAUUAGAAGAACUACAUCACAAGCUGCAGGAAUUAAAUGCACAUAGUGUUGUAUCAGAUCCAGAAGAUAUUACGGAUUGCCCGAGGACUCCAGAUAUUCCAAAUAGUGACCUUCCUUGUUCUACUAGCAACAAUAGAUCGAAGGCUCCCUUCGCCAGCGGCGGCCGCGCCCAGGUGCGAAAUCCAUACCGGAGCGCGAUGGCGUCCAACCCCGAACGGGGGUUGAUUCUGCUCACAGAACUGCAGGGGGACUCCCGAAGUCUUCCGUUUUCUGAGAAUGUGAGUGCUGUUCAAACAUUAGACUUUUCAGAUACAAUGGUGCAGCAGAAAUUGGAUGAUAUCAAGGAUCGAAUUAAGAGAGAAAUAAGGAAAGAACUGACAAUCAAAGAAGGAGCUGAAAAUCUGAGGAAAGUCACAACAGAUAAAAAAAGCUUGGCUUAUGUAGACAACAUUUUGAAAAAAUCAAAUAAAAAAUUAGAAGAACUACACCACGAGCUGCAGGAAUUAAAUGCACAUAUUGUUGUAUCAGAUCCAGAAGAGGUUACCUUUUUUAAUCCAGUUAUUGAAAGAAGACCAAAACUUCAAAAACAAAAGAAAACUUUUUCAAAGCAACAAGGCAAAAGAUUUCUCAGAAUUCCUCAAAUGAAUAUUAAUAUUGCCACUUGGGGAAGGCCAGUAAGAAGAGUUAGUCCUACAGUAAAACAUUCUGGCACCUUCAGCCCUCAAGCUCCUGUGCCUACUACAGUGCCAGUGGUUGAAGUACACAUCCCUAAACUAGCACCUCCAGCUAGUGAUUCUACAGUAACCAAAUUGGACUUUGAUCUUGAGCCUGAACCUCCUCCAGCCCCACCACGAGCUUCUUCCCUUGGAGAAAUAGAUGAAUCUUCUGAAUUAAGAGUUUUGGAUACACCAGGACAGGAUUCAGAGACUGCUUUUGAUACUGAGAAUGACAGAAAUACUAUGCUUCCAAAAUCUCAAUCUGAAUACAAGCCUGAUACUCCUCAGUCAGGCCUAGAAUAUAGCGGUAUUCAAGAACUUGAGGAUAGAAGAUGUCAGCAAAGGUUUCAGUGUAAUCUACAAGAUUUCAGGUGUUAUGCUGUCUUGGGAAGAGGAAAUUUUGGAAAGGUGCUUUUAGCUGAAUAUAAACACACAAAUGAGAUGUUUGCUAUAAAAGCCUUAAAGAAAGGAGAUGUUGUGGCUCGACAUGAAGUAGACAGCCUGAUGUGUGAAAAAAGAAUUUUUGAAACUGUGAAUAGUGUAAGGCAUCCCUUUUUGGUGAACCUUUUUGCAUGUUUCCAAACCAAAGAGCAUGUUUGCUUUGUAAUGGAAUACGCUGCCGGUGGGGACUUAUUGAUGCACAUUAAUACUGGUGUCUUUUCUGAACCAAGAGCUGUAUUUUAUGCUGCUUGUAUAGUUCUUGGGUUGCAGUAUUUACAUGAACACAAAAUUGCUCAUAGAGAUUUGAAAUUGGAAAACUUAUUGCUAGAUACAGAGGGCUUUGUGAAAAUUGCUGAUUUUGGUCUUUGCAAACAAGGAAUGGGAUAUGGAGAUAGAACAAGCACAUUUUGUGGCAAUGCUGAAUGUCUUGCCCCAGAAGUAUUAACAGAAACUUCUUAUACAAGGGCUGUAGAUUGGUGGGGCCUUGGCGUGCUUAUAUAUGAAAUGCUUGUUGGUAAGCCUCCCUUUCCUGGUGAUGAUGAAGAGAAAGUUUUUGACAGUAUUGUAAAUGAUGAAGUAAGGUAUCCAAGGUCCUUAUCUACAGAAGCCACUUCUAUAAUGAGAAGGCUGUUAAGAAGAAAUCCUGAGUUGCGCCUUGGGGCUAGCGAGAAAGAUGCAGCAGAUGUAAAAAAGCACCCAUUUUUCCAGCUAAUUGAUUGGCGCGCUCUGAUGGACAAAAAAGUAAAGCCACCAUUUAUACCUGCCAUAAAAGGACGAGAAGAUGUCAGUCAUUUUUCUGAUGAAUUUACCUCAAAAGCACCUAUUCUGACUCCACCUCAAGAACCAAGGAUACUUUCGGAAGAGGAGCAGGAAAUGUUCAGAGAUUUUGACUACACUGCUGAUUGGUGUUAAGUUGCUGGACUCUGCGAAACCAAGCUGACUGACUCCCAAGAAGACCUCUUAAAAAUAGCAACCCUUCAUUUGCUCUCUGUGCCACCAAUAGCUUCUGAAUUUUGUUUUGUUUUUUUUUUUUCUUAAUUGAAACACGUGAAGAUUUGUUUAAAAGUACCAUUCUAACACUUCUUCAAAAGUGGCUUCUCAUUGUACUUCAGUGUAAAUAUGAGCACCGGGAACAGUUUCAUGGAGUUUAAGUUGAGUGAACAUCGGCCAUGAAAAUCCAUCACAAAUACUUUUGGAUCAAUAGUCUAUUUUAAAAAAGAAAGAAAAAACCCACUUUUUAAUAGUCCCUAGCUUUGCCAUAUGCCCGCCUUAAGUGGAAAGAAAAUUAAUCACUUAACUGUGUUUUACAAAAAGAAAAAAAGGGCUUGGAAUGCUAUCAUUGUUCACACAAAGUACGAUUCUGUUUGAAUAAGGCAAAUGCUCCUUUUUUUUAAAAAAGACGUUACUGUACUAUCAAAAAACACGGCAGUUUGUAUACAAUUUGAGGCUUGAUUUUUUUUAAAAAAAGAAUGAAUUGAUGUCUUAUUUUAUAAAUGUUCUAUAAUUAUUAGAAAACUUUAUAUUGCCUUUUUUAUCAACCAUGUAACAGAGGCUUAUAGCUUUCCAAUAGAGCUGCUUGCCAAACAAUUUUUUUUUGUUUAUUAAACAGUGCUGAAACAAACAAGAUCAGCAUUUACUUAAGAUGUUAAGAAUGAGGAUUUUUAAUUAGCUAAACCAAGGUAUUGUUACCUGCAUGCAUUCCCAAAGUCUAGAUGCUCAGUAUGUUCAGUCAUAUGUUCCAGAAUCAGUGAACUGAUCACCCCUUUUGUGAUAUUCACUCUACAUCUGCCAACCUAGUUCACCUUGGUUUCGUGUCUGCUGUAGAAGGGAACUAUAACUUGGUUAAACCGUAGGGAUUAUCAUUGUAUAGAUGCUGUGAGCAUGUAUAUGUGCAAGUUUUAAUGUAUUCUAUGUUGUAGGCUUAUUAUUUAAUUCUACCACUUCAUCACUUUUGUACAGUGGCCGAGCAGACACCUCAAACUCCAGCAUUUACAUUAAGUGCAUUUGUACAUUUUAGGCCACUGGAUCCAGAUUUUAUACUGGCAGUUAUUGAGGGCAAAGGCAAUAUGUUGUAACAGAAUGUAUAAAUAUUUUUGAUAAAACAGUCUAUAUUUUAUAAAAAACUGAAUUAUAACACUAAAGCUGUACCUCAAAAGUCUCAACAAAAUUUGAUGAAAUAUUUUAUACAACUCUUCAAAGGAUCCAUCUAUGGCUUUUUAUACUCUUCUAGGGUUGUCUUUUUGCAAACCAUGACUUUCCACUUGCCUGUAGUUUUUUGUUUGUUUUGGUUUGGUUUGAUUUUAUAUUUUUUUCUCCUAAUCUAUGACUUUAUUGUUUUUUCUUAGUUUAGUAAUAGCAUCUUUGAUCCUGUGCUUAGCAUGUUAGGGUCAUUAUACCUCAGGAAUAGCAAGCUGUUAAGUAACCAUACUGAAUUAACUAUUUAAUCACAGUGAGCUCAUCUCUUGAAAAUUGUUCAGGUGUAAAUCUUAUGAGAAACAUGAAAAAGCACACUGAUUUAUGGAGAGUUGAGCUAAAAACAUUUAUAAAUAUUUGCUGGGAUGUUUUAGCAACUUUUCAUUGUACUCUGAGAACAAUUAAAAUUGUCCAGAGAUCAUUUAUAUUACCUUCCAAAUUGUUUAUUACCCAAGAUCCUUUGGGAGAAAAUCUUAUAGAAAGGGGGAACAAUACGUGGCUUAAAGUUAUUUUAAAAUGCCAGUUAAUUUCCUUGGCAAAGGACAAUAGAGGAACUUAGCUUAAUUGUCUGGCUUUAAUUUAAACAGUGUUAAUACAACAUUAAAACACUAAAUACUUUUGAGGUACAGUCUGCUCACUUUUUCGGUUCUCAAAUAGCAAAGAAAGUAAUGUCUAAAAUAGGCUUUUGGCAUUAAAAACUGACAGCAUUUUGUAACUACACAGUGUACAGAAUUUUUUUUAAUUGAAGUCAAAUCACUAAAAAUAUUAGAAGGCAGGGUCUAUUUACACAAUUAAGCUGAAGAAAGCACUGAUUUUUUGUAGUUUAAAAUAUAUAUAUUUUAGACAGAUUUAAAAUUUUAAGCUUUAUAGAGUGUAAAUAUCUUUUGCUAUUACUGUAUGUGUAUGUGACAGCUCAAGCACUUCGUAAAGAAAUUUGGAUAUUUUAGAAUGGUACACUAUGCAUUCAAAUGAAAUGUGCCUUUCACUAUGUCAUUCUGAAAAAACAAAUGUUUUUUGUCAUAAAUUAUCACAAAUGCACAAAUUGAAGUCUAUAUAGAUUGAAAUUUGUAAAAAAAUAAAAAUAAAAAUAAAAAAUAAAUAAAAAAUGGCACUUUGAACAAUUCUCUUCUAGGGAGGGAUGGGGCCGGACAGUCCAUUUCUUACUUGAUAUCUACAGAUCAUUUGCAGAGGAAAAGUCUCAAAUCCCCUUGCACCACUGCACUCCAGCCUGAGUGACAUUGUAAGACUCUGUCUCAAAAAAGAAAAGAAAACACCCUUGAAAAGCAGCACCACGUUGCAUCUGCCUUGCACAGGAAGCUGGAAGGUUUGCACCGGGGUGAAAGUCACAGGCAGAAACUGCCCGCGGGGCUCGGGAGGGCUGGGAGCGAGCCCUCUGAGCCUGGCCACGCUGGCCCGCCACUGCCCUCUGCUGGCGGCUGCGGUCAUCACCACCGCCCGCAGCCGUCCCCGAAGUGCGCCGAGAGGCGCCAGGCUGGGCCAGCCUUGAAUUCUGUGUUUGCUUCUCCCGGUUUGAAGGCCACCUCCAGGAUUCGCAGAAAUCUGACAGCUGCUUGUGACUGUGCUGAAGAUGCCGAGAAUGCAGGCAGAGUCCGCCGGCCACGCGCUGCAGCAAACGCGCUGCAGCAAACGCGAGCCUCAGGGCCUUGAACCUGGAGCCGAGGCCUUGCCUGGGCUGUCCUGGCAGGGAGUCUCGUGCUGUGCCCCCCCCCCCCCCCGCUUCCUCAUUCCCCCACCCCACCCUCCUAACCCUUGUUGUGUUUCAUUUUCCCUUUUAGGAUGUGUGCUUCUUAUUUGGGAUUUUAUUAUUCUUGACCCCAGCCCUUUCUUUCCCUCCUUCUCUUAGUUCUUCUUUUGGUUAAGUUUAUGAUUUUUUUAAACCACAAUUCAUAAUGGUCACUGCAGUGGACGUUUAACUUCGAACACCCCUUUGUUCCUCCAAAGGCGAAAUUCCUCCUGCACCCUGCAUGGCCCAUUCAGGAGCGUCUGUGACCCAACCUCUCUGGCUCUGGGGAGAGGGCAAAGUGUGGCAUCCAGCCCUAGCCAGGCCAGCGAGGAGCCGCGUUCCUGCCACAGUGACUGUGGCUCCAGGAUCCAGGCUGGGCAGGAGGAUUCUUCAUGCUGGAGGAAUCCAUUCCUCUCGGUGGCCGAGCUGGGAAGAAAUGUCCCCAUGUGAAGACAUGGCCCUAGGAAGAGACGCUGGGGCUACAGCCAGGGCCACGGGGAGGGCAGCAGGGGAGGGUGAGUUCUGCUCUCCUGGCUCCUGCCUCACUCCUGCUUCUUUUUUCAGGAGCCACCAGCCCUCUCUCUGCCUGGAGUAGCAGGCCUGGGAUUUCUGUCACUUGCUUCCUUUGCCUGUCCCUGGCUCCUCUCUCUGCCGUCAUCACAUUUCUGGCCACCUUGCCCUCCUCCUCUGAGCUCACAGCUCCUGGCCUGGGUCCUGGCUGUGGAGGGCACCAGUUUAGAGCCACUAUAGAUGAAGGCUCCGGGCCGCAGUCCAGGCUUCUGAGCACUGGGCCUUAGCCGCCUGACUUUGCCCCUUUCCCCAAGGCCAAUCACCGGUGGCAAAUCUCACAAGCGACUUCGUGUUAAAAGUGAUGACUACCUACGUUUACCUCUCCCGAAGAGCUUACAUUUAGCUUAAAAAUUGUCUAUUAUGAAAAUAUUCGAAUGCACAAAACAGUGUGAUAACACGGGACAGGGCUCCGUCCUGGUUUCCCGUGUCUUCCUCCCCACACUGGAAUAUUUUUAAAGCAAAUACCAGACAUCCCAUCUGAAGUCAUAAAUACUUCUGUGCCUGUCUCUAGUACUGAGGGACUUUUAAAAGAACAUACUCUUGUUAUCACACCCAACAAAAUGAAUAUAACUAUUUCAUAUUAUUCAAUACCCAGUCCAUGUGGAGUUUUUGCUAGUUAUCUUUAAAAUGCCUCUGUGAAAUUCGUUUAUUUGAAUCAGCAUUCAGGCCAGGCAAGGUGGCUCACGCCUGUAAUUCCAGCACUUUGGGAGGCCAAGGCUGGCGGAUAUCUGGAGCCCAGGAGUUUGAGACCAGCCUGGGCAACAUGGUGAAACUCUGUCUCUACGUGAAAUACAAAAAUUAGCCGUGUGUGAUGGUGUGCACCUGUAGUACUAGCUGCUCAGGAGGCUGAGGCAGGAGAAUCGCUUGAGCCAGGGAGUUGAAGGUUGUGGUGAGCUGAGAUUGCACCACUGCACUCCAGCCUGAGUGACAGAGUAAGACUCUGUCUCAAAAAAGAAAAGAAAAAAAAAAAGAAUCAGCAUUCAAACAAAACCCAUGCAUUUUAUUUGAUUAUGUUUCUUGAGCGUCUUUUAACUGAUAAUGGUUCUCCUCCAUUUUAUUAAUUCUUGUCUAUUUAUUCAUGGAGGGAACUGGGUCAUCUGUCUGAAAACAUCCCAUAUUCUGGAUUAGGCUGAUUGUAUCCUCGUGGUGCCGUUAGCAUGUUCCUUAGUCUCCUGUAUUUCUUGCAGACUCCUCGUUUGAUCUACAGGUCUUAGAUUCAGGUACCAUGUGUCUUAGGCAAGAAUCCACUACACAUGGUGCCAUGUACCUGCUCUCGCAUCACACCAUGUGGCUCGUGGUGUCUGUUAAAGUGGAUUGGUGGGUUUAGAUGGUGUCAGCCUAAUCUAUCCACUGUGAAGGUUCCUAUCAACCUGCAUGUAAUGGUUUUAGCAACCACCGAUAAUCAUCACCUACAUCUGUUCCUUUUAGUCACAAAAUCCCUUCCCAGUAGAACUGUUCUCUGAAACAGGCAGGUUCUUUUAGGCAUGUCUAUUUGGCCUGUAUACCCCUUACAUUGAAGUGAGGGGGUGGAUCAGUUAUCUGUUUCGGUGUAACCGACAACCUCAAACCUCAAGUGGCUUAAACAAUAAUCAUAUAUUCAGCUCACAAAUCUGCCGUCUGGAUGGAGCAUGGAAGGGAAAGCUCCUCUCUGCUGGAUGCAGCACCAGCAAGGGCAGCUCAGAGGCUGGGGUAACCUGACACCAGAGGGCUGGAAGGAUCUGCAGGCAGUUGAUGCUGGCUGCUGGCUGAGACCUUAGCUGGGUUGUCAGCAGCUGCAUCCACCUGUGGCCUCGCCAU